AGCUACGCAACGAGUUUCAGUUCUAUUCGCAACCCGAACGCCCUCAACAUGUACAAGCUGUUGGUUUUGCUGUCGCUGUGCGUGGCCGUUGCCUAUGCGGCCCCUGGACUGCUGCAUGCCACGCCGAUUCUGGGCAGCGCCUCGUAUCAUGGCUGGCCGGGACAGACGCUGCAGACGGUGCAGGUGGUGCGUCCCAUUUGGCCCACACACAGCAUUGUGCGACCCAUUGGACAUGGCUACGGCCAUGGUUACAGCUGGCUUUAGAUGAGCUGCAUUCAUCUAAGGCGAAA